GACUGUUCACUCAGUUCACUGUAGUGAGCAUAAAAAUUUGCGAUUUGGACGUAAGUAGCUCAGUGCAGUGUUGAUCUAAAUAGUGUUUCAAGUUAUAAAGUUCAAAAUCAAUAAGCAAAGAUGGCUAUGUCCAAAGGAACAAGCACGUACAAUCGUCAGAACUGGGAAGAUGCUGAGUUUCCAAUUUUAUGUCAAACAUGUUUGGGCGAUAAUCCAUAUUUACGAAUGACGAAAGAGAAAUAUGGGAAAGAAUGUAAAAUUUGCAUUCGACCCUUCACCGUGUUUAGAUGGUGCCCGGGUGCGAAAAUGCGUUUCAAAAAGACAGAAGUAUGUCAAACAUGCAGCAGACUGAAGAACGUGUGUCAGACUUGCUUAUUAGAUUUGGAGUAUGGGCUACCAAUCCAGGUAAGGGAUGCCGCCCUAAAAAUAAAAGACGACAUCCCUCGAUCCGAGGUCAAUAAAGAAUACUAUGUCCAAAAUUUGGACAAUUCAUUGAGCGCAGCUGAUCCUACUGUACCUGCUGGCUCAGUGGGCAAAUCAGCUGCAGCUAGUGAUUUGUUGAUGAAGUUAGCCAGAACCACGCCAUUUUAUAAAAGGAACAGACCCCAUAUUUGUUCGUUCUGGGUCAAAGGAGAGUGUAAAAGAGGCGAAGAGUGCCCGUACAGACAUGAAAAGCCUAAUGAUCCAGAUGAUCCUUUGGCAGAUCAGAACAUCAAAGACCGAUACUAUGGCGUUAACGAUCCUGUGGCAGAUAAGCUCAUGAGAAGAGCAGCAGCCAUGCCUAAAUUGGAGCCACCGGAAGACAAAGGAAUUACAACACUUUAUGUGGGCAAUCUUGGUGAAGUUUUCACUGAGAAGAUCCUUAGGGAUCAUUUUUAUCAAUACGGAGAAAUUCGAAAUAUCACAAUGGUUCCAAGGCAGCAGUGUGCUUUUGUUCAGUACACUGAAAGAUCUGCUGCAGAAUUAGCUGCUGAAAAAACUUUCAAUAAGUUGAUAUUAGGCGGACGACGUCUGAAUAUCAAAUGGGGCAGAUCUCAAGGAAAGCAAGCACCUUCGAUCGAGGCCGCAAGAGAGAUGUUAGAGCCAGUGCCAGGUUUACCUGGUGCUUUGCCAUUGCCACCAGCAGGUGUAGGCAAUAACUUUUUCAAUCUACCAGGGGUUGUUCCACCACCACCUAUGCCACCAGUGUUAAUGCCUCCAGUGUUUCCACCAAUGGGUACAGUCCCAAUGAAUUUCCCGCCAGGUACUGCACCUAUCCAUUAUCCCAGUCAAGAUCCUUCUAGGAUGGGUACUUCGCAAGGUAUUGGCAAACCUUGGCCAGAAGAAAAUGAGUAAUAAGGCUUACAUAAAGGUUCAUUAAUCUAAGUUAGAUUUAAGUUUUUUCAACAAGUAUCAUGUUUAUUUGUUAUCAACACUAUCGGCUAAAUUCACUUCACGUUGUUUCAUUUCGACAACUAUGUAAAUAUGUAAAUUAAUUUAAGUAACUUUAUUAUUCUAAUUGAAUAAAUAUUUUUAAUUGCAUCAGA